AUGCCGCCGAAGCGCCAUGCCGAGGACGUGCAGACACUCAAGGAGAAACUCCAGAACACCCACACCCACACCCACACCCACACCCACACAAACACAAACACAAACACAAACACCAACACCCACACAAAUACAAACGCCCGCGGACGCCGCACGGGAGGCACGCACGCCGCCAACGGGAGCAGCUUGAAGGAGGUCGACAAUGCGUCCACCAACAGCGGCCAGACGUCCAGUGACCUCGACACGUCCCAUAUGAAAUGGACCUCGCAAGAGCCGGCCGUGCUCCAGAGCUACCGACGAGCCUACCGUCUCGACACCCCGUCGACGUUCAAGAACCCCCUCAGCCACGUCGUCCUCGGCCAGGGCAUAGGUCGCAUGUCGCCCACCAUGGCACGCGCAAAGUCGAGACGACGAGUGCACAAAGACCAGCUCGCAAUGGCUGUGAGAAAGAACUUUAACGCUCUUGGCGUCACCGAGAGCGACGUCAUCGUCGACUGGCUGUACAAGACGAAACACCAAGACAAAGAAUUUCGCGUACGAUUUACGCCGCAACGCAAGUGA